CCAAACAUUGGUCACCAUUUUUUUCAAGUCCGUUAUUUCACUUCCCAUUCAAAGCACAUCCGCGGCAACUGCGAACGCACUGGUUACUGGUUCAGAGAGCAAAUGGUUGCUCUACUCACUGUGUUUGCAAACCCUUUUCCUCAUUCUUCUUCUUCUUAUUGUUCUUCUAUUAGUAUUCUCCCGCACCCACAAAUCCCUCCCAGAACUGUUCGAUUCUCACUCGCUUUAGUUUUAGCUUUCCAUCCCCAUGAAUGGUUCUCCGUCUUAAAUUUCAGUAAAGCGUCAAGAAUCGAAGUGAAACCGCUAUUCGCCGAAGUGGGUCUUCGAACCACCGACCAGAUUUCAGUUCAAUGCAGUCGCAUCAAUACGCCCACCGAUCUUCACAUUGCAACAGGGUUUCUCUUUGCAUUCUUUAGAGAAAUUGGACUUGACGAAAAAGAAACCGAAUUGCUCUUGGAAAAGAACCCAGCUUUGGCAUUGACAUCUUUUGAUUCAGUACGUGCUAGGGUUCAUUAUUUACAAUCUGUUGAAAUUAGUGGCCUAGAACUUUGUUGCUUGAUUGCAAAAUAUCCCAGUGUGUUAACAGCUGAGGAAAUUGGUCCAUUUAUAUGUUUUGUGCGCGAUGAAUUAGAAGCUAAGAUUGAGCCUGUGCAGCUCAAGCGCCUUUUGACCACCACUGACCCAAGAUUCUUGGUGGGUUUUGAUCAAAAGGUUAAGUUACUUCUUCAUCACGGAGUUCCGCUUGAAAAGAUUGUUUUUGUGCUCAACAAUGUCAAUUUAACCAAGGCAUUGUGUCUUAGGCCAGUGGAAGAAAUUGAUAGGACCAUUACUUAUUUGAGCCGCUUUGGUGGCAUUGAUUUGAUUGUAAGGCGUCCUAUGGUUCUAAAUUAUGAUUUGGACAGUCAGUUGAUACCAAGAAUUGGGUUUCUCAUGGAGCUCAGUGGGGGAGAUGAGGAUGCCACAGGGCAUGUGCUGCGUAAGUUCCCUUUGAUUUUGAGUUACAGUGUUAAGCAUGUGGAGGGCCAUGUAGAGUUCCUGAGGUCGUUUGCUGGCCUGAAUGACCAGGAAAUCUUCAAGAUUUUGCUUGUGUUCCCAAGUUUAGUUAGUGCCAGCAAGGAGAGGAAAUUGCGUCCUAGGAUAGAGUUUCUCAAGCAAUGUGGGUUGGAUUCUGAUGAUAUUUUCAAGUUCUUGAUCAAGGCUCCCUUGUUUCUAGGCCUGUCAUUUGAUAACCUUCAGUAUAAACUUGUGUUUUUGGUGAAGAUUGGGUAUAGAUAUAGAACAAGGGACAUGUCAAUGGCAAUGGGAUCUGUAACCAGAACAAGCUGCGAGAAUUUACAAAAGGUAGUUGGGCUAUUCUUGAGUUACGGGUUUUCUUGCGCUGACAUUGCUUCCAUGAGCAAGAAGCACCCCCAAGUACUGCAAUACAAUCCUGGUUCUCUGGAGGAGAAGAUGGAGUACUUGAUAGAGGACAUGGGUCGUGAAGUUGGAGAGUUGUUGGCUUUUCCUGCAUUCCUUGGUUAUAAGCUUGACGAGAGAAUUAAGGCUAGGUAUGAGGCAAGGAAGAGGAUUACUGGAGAAGGAAUGUCGCUCAAUAAGCUGUUAACCGUUUCGACUAAGAGAUUCUCGACAAAGAAGAAAGAGAAAAAGCUAUUACACACGGUUGAGAAUCUGAAUAGCAAUGAAGGUUAGAUAGGUUUGAUAGUAAUGCAUGCUCCUUUCCAUAAGCAAGGUUUUAAUCACUCAUGGCGUGUUUAUUUCAACAGCCGCUUGAAACUUUCUCCUCUGCUAAUUUUGAUGUACAAGAUCUCUAUUUUUACUAUAUUAGCUGGUACAGACAAUUGCAGCUUGGGGAGUGAGAAGAUUGAAAUGGUUCUUCUAACUAUUGAAGACCUGAGAGGCCUGAAGCUUGAGUAGUAGGAAAUCUGCUCUGGGAUAAGCUUUGUUAUGUUCAAAUCUAUACAAUGAUCAGGACUAACUUACUUUCACAAACUUUCUUUUUGUGAAAAUCAAUUCUAUUAAAUCUGUUUCAAUGACAUUUUACAAAAUUUCUAUUGGUUGCUGAAAUAGAAUGAGGAAAGUAAUGGAGAAUGAGGUUCUGUAUGCCCCCCUUUUUCUACAUUUUUAUUUUUUAUUUUUUUUUGAGUGUUUUGAAUGUAAGAGAACAUAUUCAAUUAUUCAUUAAGACAGAAAGUUGUAGACCCAAUCAAGUGAAGGGUUUUUGUUUA